AUGCUAGAGGCGGUUUACGCCAAGGUUAGUUAUUUAGUGUCCGGAACUAUUGAUUCCGGGCUAGGACGGUAGCGAGAGCGAGAAAGAAAAGAGAAGAGAGGCGACUGAUAACAGAAACAGACACUGAUAAUACUAUAAGCCACGGGCAGACUUCGUAUUGCAACCGUGCAGCAGCGGAGGCGGCGAGUGCGAAAUCUUCUGGAAUAAAUAGAGUUUGGGGAAUGGGUUCAGCGGAAUUCACACACGGAAUAGUUCUUUUGCACCUAAUUUUGAUGAAUUUGAUCUUUCAGAGUACGUUUUAUGGCUACCGUAAAUACUGUAAGACAAGGGCACCUCAAAAAUGAUGUAUCUCAGUGAUCCCCGUCGUUGAGAUAUCACAAAGUUGUCAAUUACUAAAAUACUCCUCAAUUGGCAACUUUUUGAUAUCUGUGCAGACAACUGAGAUACGCGGCUUUAAAUUGACGGUUUUGGGGUGCACAGUAUUUUCGGUAUUUUAUCGGCGUUGAAAGGUUGUGCAAUUCGCGCUCUAUCUAACACUUUAAAAACGCACUUCUAUGAAACUCGAUGAUAUUUGAAUGAAGUCACCAUCCAAAUAAAAUUGCAGAUAAUGGGAGUCGGGUCAAGCCGUCAUGACAAACGCCAAGGCUGUUGGAAUUGGGGAGAGUGAGUUAUCGUCUUUUCGGGCCAAAAGUAGAAGAACCUGGUGAAAAUUGAAGAAGAAGAAGAAGAAGAAGAAGCGGGGCUUUUGUGUGAACACGAAAAGACGACGGUCUCGAAUGUUUUUGUUUGUUGUCGUCUCGAAGAAAAGAGAAUCGAUCGAAUCGCACAAAAACUUAUCUGAUCACUUUUUCUGGUUUCCAUCUUGCCCCAUCUCAUUCUCAACCUUUUCAGGUCGUCGGGCAACGAAGAGAAACGAAUGAAACGACCGAAAAAGCUGCCGUCCAAGUUGAGAUUGAAGUGAGUUUUUCGUUGGAGAGGCACGGCCAUGUUGUUUACAAAAAAUGAUUGUGCCGAUCAUGUUUUGUUGCGAGCCACGAGUCAAAAUAUACGUGUGGAAAUGGCUGGGAGAGACCUCUGUCCGUUCUUUGCAGAAUCUUUUCUUACAGCAUACUUCGAACCCAGUGUGAAACUUUCAUAUUUUUCAUUCGCCUUUGUUAUGAUCGCUGCAGUCACCGCGAUAAAAGUGUUUUUUGAGAGUAAUUAUGAUGUAGUCGUCUGCAUUCCUUCCAACCACAAUACACUUUGCAUCUUUUGCAGAAUAAGCGGAAAUCAACGACGUCGCGAGGACACGUUCGUCGUGUGGGAGGAGAUUCCGACGCCGUCAGUAUGCGAUCAUCGCGACACGAUGCACUCGGAGGCGUCAUCGACCCCUCCGUCGGCUCCGACGCAGGAACGACUCAUGCAGGUGGGGGGUGAGCCGCGUGGCGGAAAAAUCAAAGAUUUCUCAAAGAAUAGUCGUAUCCGAAUGCCGUAAAAAGCGUCCCCCAUGUCUCCAUUUUCGCACCUUCGUUAUCAGAGAGAAACUGGAAGAGUUUCGUGUUUGCGUCACGCCGACCAGCACACUUUAGCGAUUCAUUUCGGUGAAACCGAGAGAGAGAGAGAGAGAGAUAAGCACAGAGCAGAUCAAAACGUGAGCGGGUUGAGAACACAUUUUGCACAAAAAUGGAAAAGUGCUAUCUUGGAAUCGGUGCGCUGUUGGGAGUCGGAUGACAUGCUGGAGCGCACGCAUUUCGGUGAUAGACAGAAGAUGGCUUUGAUUAAAUUACUGAACGCCUAGACAACUACAAUCUUCUUGAGCGAUGCUCACGUGCGAACCGAUUCCAAGUUACGUUCAUUUCAUCUUCAGCGACUAGAACAAUAUCCAUUCGGGUUUGAAAGUUUUCCGCACAAACUGACUCAAAAGCUCACGCCAUCCAGCUCUGCAAAAAAACCACAAAACAGAGACCACAGUUUUCUUAACACAAAACCGUUAAAGUCGCCCACAUUAUCACACUGACUUCUGGAAGGAAUCUGUUUGUUUCGGUGGCUUCUGCUCCGUCACUUUCUGCUCAUUUUUUUUGUGAUUUCUAUGAAUCGUGGUCGUUUUUGUCUUCGGACACAAGGGCGUGAUGACCAAGUGCUUAUGCAUACGAUUAGCCGCGCUCGGAUCAAUUGCUCCGCCAGCAAACACGCGUGUGGACCCGUGUGCAACAUUGCGGGUUGAUUGACUGUUUGAUAAACAAAAUCGAAGAACCGACUGAUAAAUGUGCGGUGAUAAGCCUGAGAAGAGACUCUGGCAACAGAUGCGCGUUUUCACAUUCGGAGCAGUCCCCCGCAUGACUGAGAACUCGUAGUCGUGUGCGCCAAAACAGAUUGGAAAAGAGUCUUACGCCCGCGGGAAGUGACUCAGUUCCUGUCGGUCUUACUCAUCGUUCGUCGACGACCAUUCGAGAAGAAUUCCUGUUUUCGCUUGAUUUGAUUAGUAUUUGAAAGACGGCUCUUGAUCUUAAAUGGUCUUUUCAGCGGUGUAAAAUUACUUCAACGGUGUAAAAUUGCUUUAAUUUGGGGAGUGUCAUUGAAAUGGGUCCAGAGUUCGCGGAAUGUGAACUCGAGAACUGGAUUGUCAUGUGACCAAAAUACCUUCGGACGGAAAAGAUCGUUUCCGCGUGCAGAUGAUAGCACGGAUAAAAACUUCUGAAACUGGUUCUGAAACUGAGGAGUUCAAACGCCAAGACGACCAGUGGCACAAGUCACUUUCCAAAUCACCAUUCGACGCCUUCCCUUCCGACCUGUUCUUCUCCUCCGACCCAUUUCGUUGACAACUCAACUCUUGUGACGUCUCGAGUCUAUGAGCCGGGUCAUAAUUUCACAACUCGAAUGCGGGGAUCUGCUCAGUCUCAUGACGUCUUUUCUUGUUUUUUACGGUAUCAUUGUCCCGUGGUGCCAGUCAUUCUCAUGCAUUCCAAAUGACGUGUGAGCACCGAGGACAACUACAAACUAGAAAUUAGUUGACGAUAUGCUCUAAUUCCGCCCGCACAACUUUUAUUUGUCUGCUGCCGUCUUUAGAUAUAAUUGAAGAACUGUUUUGCCGGCCGAUCGUCGCAGCGCCGCCAUAGAACUUCCGUAAAUUAAAGAGAGGCGGAGGACGCAGGCGUUCCGGUCGCGUCAUUCUAUCGCCGAUGACAGUGUGCAACCCGUGGAGGCGCCGACGCACGGCUCCGCCCAUUCAAGGCGGGGAAAAGGUGCGUGUGCGACGCACGUAUUAUCAGCGGCUUUUUACACCUAACGCAUUGCCGAGAACCAACUUCUGUUCUACCUUUUUGAAAAAAGCAUUUCCACUCUGAUGACUACGUUAUUCGAAAAACUCACUGAGCUAGUGCUUAUGGACACUGACAAAUAUUCAUCGCGGAAUAGGAUUUUGUUGAAACGAAUGGCAGCAAAUGUUAGUUUAUGGAGUAUUGCUGGAGUAUGCUUCAAAUUCAUAAGUUAUUCAAUUUGCCUCAUUUGUCUAUGUAGUCUUUGGAACGAGUUGCAGUACACUUGUACCUCCCAAAAAGGUGUACCUUACUUGAGUCACUAUCAAAUCAUCAAAGCCCUUAACAAACACCUAAGAUAAGGUGCUUAGCACUUGCGGCGGGACUUCGUCCCCUUCGCUCUCAUUCUCCCCGCCAAGCUAAUUCUUUUUCUUUCAGAUCAUCAGCUGCUUCCCCUACCCGACGACCCGUCCCGCGAGCCCUCAAUUUGCUCCGAAACCUUCGCCAGAAUCAUGCGAGCAUCGUGCCUUCUGUGAUGCUUUUGGCAAGCUCGUGCAGGUCAGUUUGUGGUGCAAACUUUUAAUGGAUUCCGAUCGUUUGCUCGUUUUCUCUUCCAGUCAAUCCUGCAUUUCUCUAUCCGUUUCCGGUUUAUGUUCCGCUUGUUUUUCAGUCGAUUCUCACUCUCUUUAACACAGUUCAACAAAAUGAGUUGUUGGUUGAGAGAUCAAACAAAAAACGGAAAGUGGGGUGGGUAAACUGUCUCUGUUUAUCAGCUAGCUUCAAGUUGUUCGACCUAAGGUCAUCCGUUUACUUUCUCUUUCUUUCUUUAUCUAUCUUCCCCAUUUCAUUUAAAUGCUCUUUCACCUUCCGCCGACUCUAUUCUAGUUUUUUAUGGGCCAGAACGUGUUGUUUUGGUGCUCCGUCGCACCUAAAACUCAUCAAAGUUCACAGCGGGCCACAUUUAGCUUCGUUCCAUAUCUUUACGACCCACUUACAAACGAGUCACCUGCUCGCAAAAUACGUAUUCGUCAAGCAAAAAGCGUCAAACAUUCCUUGCACACAAAACACUACGCGAUCGAAAAACUCUUAUCAAGAAUGGGUUCUCUCCUCCUUUUUCUUUCUCCCUCUCACCCUUUCUCCCCAAUCUUUCUCCAAAGAGACACCAGACGGAAAGCACACAUGUUGGAGUGAAAAUAGGAAAGGACUGAGGGGGCGGGGCGAUGCGAGCUGCUUCUUAUCAUUAACUAAGCGGAGCAUUCCACCUUCCGACACUUUGAUUUCUCCGUUAUUCGACUAUGAGUGCUCAACACCGUCAACUGCGUCGUGCCGCUCACCUCACCAAAAUAGCCUCCAUUGACUUGUGCAGUCUCGAAGAAGAGCCUGAAGACCUUGUGCUCGAGGAUGCGACUCAUUCAAACCUUCAAAAUGAACGACCGUCCAGGCCUCCCUAUUCUACGCUGAUUCGUAAGAGAUCCGGAAAGAUGCUGCGAUUCGUUCGUCCAAAAUUGGCGGACAUCUGGCACACUCGUUACCACGAGGCCAGUUUCGAUCUGGGACGUCGUCUGGGAAUCGGGCGGCGUACGCAAUCGUGCUGUGAAGACGUUUGCGACGACGAGCAGGUGGCGUGUCUCUUUCCUCCCCCCACAGUCCCGUGCUCUCUGUAUUUUAGUCCUUUUUCUCUCUCUCUCUAAUCCGAUUGAUUUAUCUUUUCUCUUCGUAUUUAAUAACGCAAAACAUUUUUUGACUGGUGGUGAAAGUGAGAAAACGAGCGGAAAGGGAAUAGGCCACGAGUGGCGUUAUCAGGAAUUCUAAACGGAUUACUGUGGACAAGGGCGCGUGACGCAGGUGUAAUGACAUGGCGAGUUUACAGGUGUCCGUGGAGACUAUGGCCAUCACAGCUCUACCGAUGGAUGUUUGGUUGAAGGAGAGACUGAAGAAAUGGGUGCAGCUAUCGGGACACGAAGGGAGCAUCGUACCUGCCACACCCCACACUCUGUACAAGAAACAGUGUGCGAACUGCGGAGAAGGAAGGGCCUACAAAAACAUUUCAAAAGACGUGGCACUCACUGGAUUCACUCCGAAAUACUACAACGAAUUGGAGAAGAAUGAAGAACGUUGGUGACCGGAAAGAGAACGAACUAAUCAAAUGAAGAGUUUCAGAUUUCAUCGAGAUUGAAGAUCUUUUGCAGCAGUUUGCCGAUCCGACGAAAACGGCUAUCAUGGAUAUUAAGAUCGGAACGAGGACGUUCUUGGAAUCGGAAGUUUCGAACACCAAGAAAAGGGCGGAUCUGUACGAUAAGAUGGUAGCGAUUGACAACGACGAGCCGACGGAGGAAGAGAGAAAGUGCGCGGCAAUCACCAAAUUGCGGUACAUGCAAUUCAGAGAGCGAGAGAGCAGUACGGCACAGCUCGGAUUCCGAAUUGAAGCUGCUAAGGUGAGAUUUGUGAAGGAGAAAGGGAGGAAAGAAGACAUCUGAUUCAUUACAGAGACUGGAAGGUGCUCUCGAAAAGAACUUCAAGAAAGUUCGGACAGUGGAAGACGUCGCCACGACAUUCGUUGACUUCUUUGGAGAUCAAAGAAGCCGAGUCCGUCAGCAGUUGAUCGAGAGACUGAAGGCGAUGCGCAAGGCCAUUGAGAACUCCUCGUUCUUCGCUUCGCACGAAGUCGUCGGCAGCAGCAUUCUCAUCGUGUACGAUACGGAGAAAGUCGGUUGCUGGAUGAUCGAUUUCGCCAAGAGCUCUCCGGUUCCCAACGGCCGUACUCUGAAUCACCGAACAUCAUGGGUCCCGGGAAACAAUGAAGACGGAUAUUUAAUAGGAAUUGAUAACUUGGUCAAGGUGGGCAUUCUUACUGACUCCGGCAUUCAUUUAGCGUUUCUAUGUUCAGAUUCUCGAAGAGUUGCCAGAAUACGGUGAGCAUCCGGACGACCAGCUGAUGGUGACCGAGGAAGUGAUAGCCAGAAUGAAGAACUCGAAGGCGUGAGGCCUCUGUAGAUAAAUGAACACAAUAUCCGUGUCUUCUGAAGCCAUAAUAAUUUUUGGGAUUCCCUCCUCACAAUGUGUACAAUUUGCUCGUUUUGCCAGCCAGUUUUUAACUCAGCUAGAAUUUCUAUCUUGUGCGCCUCGCCUCCACUCUUUCGCUUUCCACUCUGUUUCCUACCGUUCACUUUUCAUGGCAUAAUCACACUCUGAUAACAACUUUCCGCUUCCUUUCUCUUGUUUUGAUUGUCGAUCGAUCGAUUUGGGUACAAUUUUUCUAUUCUCAUUUCCGAGUGUUUGCCGUUUCUGUGACGAAUACAUUCGUUUUUCUAAAAAAAACUGUUUGAGCAAUAACAACACAAGGCAAAAGAAUUGAACACUCAGUUAUACAUCAGAAUUCAGAACAUCAGAACGAGUGUCAUUUGUCACGAAGACAGGCUAUUCAGAUCACUCGAGGGCAGUCUCCGCAGCGAAACAACGACCCUCCAAGAUGACGGUCAUUUCUGGCGGCAAACCGUGUAAUUUGAAUGUCGCCUGUUUAUGCAUACAUUUUUUGAAAUGAAUUUCUCGUGUUUUGUCCGCAAAUUUACAUGGAAAACUAAAAAUAAUAAACUGAAUAAAUUUUAAGCAUUUCAAACUCACAUUUUAGAUACCGUAAUAUUUUAAAGGGACAUAACACUCUUUAAAAAGGUCUCACAACGAAUGUACUUUUCGGACAUGUUUUCAACGGCGCGCCCGCGCUACAACGGAAUAGAACUCGCUCGUAAUAUAUUAUUAAUAGAAUUCUAUUAAUAGAACGGUCACGAUUUUGAACUCGCAACGUUAUAAAACACAACUGUGAGUUCUAAAUCGUAACAGUUCUAUUCCGUGCGAGUUCUAUUCCGUUGCAGCGCCGUUUUCAACAAUUUUUCCGUUGUUUUUAUGGCAUAAUCCAAUCUUAUCGGUUAUUGUUCUGUUUUAGGGUCCGCAGAACCGAAAUGAGCUGCUACCUAAAGGUUUACGGCCGAGUCCGGCCGUCGGCCAGCGGAAGCCAGGACUCUGCGAUCACCGUGCUCGAAAGAAAUCAAGUGAAAAUCGAGGCGGAAGGCAGGACAGAGAAAAUAUACGAACUUCACCGGUUUUUCGGAUACGAAUCCUCUCAGGAAGAAAUAUUUUCGACGAUUGCAAAGAAAAUGGUUGAAGAGUGCACAGAGGGCAUAAACGGAACGAUUUUUGCCUAUGGACAAACCGGGUAGGCUAUUUGAACCGAGGUACUUAUGAAAAAUAAUAUUUUAGUUCCGGAAAGACUCACACGAUGCUAGGACCGGCCGAUCAGUGGUCAGACCACGUUGGAAGAGGACUCAUCCCUCGGUCAAUCGACUAUUUGUUCGAGCAACUGGAGAAGAAAACGAACGAGUGCCAGAAGUUUGUGUACGGCGUCAACGUGGAGUUUGUCGAGUUGUACAACGAGGAGAUCUUCGAUCUUCUCAGUUCGAAAAGCAAAAUCAUUCUGAGAGACACUGGCAGUGAUAUUCUCCUGGAUGGGGCCAGAUCGGAGAUUGUCGACAAUUCGUUGGAUCUGAUGCACGUCGUUCAGAAAGGGUGGCAGUCGAGACGCACUGGAGCAACUGCGAUGAACCGAGACUCGUCAAGAUCUCACGCUCUUCUCAUCAUCAAAAUCAAGACGGAAGAAAUCACAGGAGACUUGCGGACCAUCAGAAAUUCUACUCUAAAUUUGGUGGAUCUCGCAGGUUCGGAGCGACAGUCGCACACGAAGGCCACUGGAGACCGUCUGAAGGAAGCUACCAACAUCAACUCUUCGCUCACCGUUUUGGGACGCUGCAUUCGGCUUUUGUCAAAAGGAGGGCAAGGAUUCGUUCCAUAUCGGGACUCUCAUCUCACUCAUAUUCUGAAAAACUCGCUCGGAGGAAAUUCGAAGACGGCAGUGAUCGUGAAUUUGCAUCCGGAUCGUCCGUUUGUAUCGGAAAGCUCAUCGACCCUCAUGUUUGCUGAAGCGUGCACUAUGAUCAAGAACAAGGUUCUGAGAAACGAAGUGAUGACCGGCGAUCAAGAGAACGCCUACAAAAAGGCGAUUCUGGAUCUCCGUUUGGAGAACGACCAGAUUCGUGCAAAGACGAAAGCAGGUAAACAUUUGAAUACAUCGAUUUAAAAAAAAAGGUGAUUACAUUUCAGAGUGUUCCAAGCAAAUCAAUGAUUUGGAAUACGCCCAUGAUCGCCUAUCCUCGGAGCUUGUCGCUUUGAGAUCGGAAAACGCGGAGCUGCGCACAAAGUACAAUGUCGGACUUGUGAAAUACGCAUUGGACAGGGAAGGCAGCGAUGUGCCAGCACGUCUCGAAGCACUGCUUACAGUCAAAGAGCAGUGUGAUCCACUCGUGGAUCUCCAUGCUAAGAUCAAAACGAUGAAGUUGGAGCUGGAAGCAACCGAAAAGAGGUGCCGGAAUCUUCAAGACGAGGGAGCCGCCUCUCGUGCGCGCCUGCAGGACUCAUUGAAUACGUCGAUUCAACUGCAAACCCCGAUCGGAAAACAGAGAAGAGCUAGUUCAAGACCUCAACGGCGCGAGACGCAAUACAGACCGUCCCCUGCUCGCCUCGCCGAACUCUCGGAAGAUGAUACCGAACUGAAGCUGCAGGAAAGCGAACUGCGCAUCGCACGAUUGGAAGGAGAAAUUGAGAAGUUGAAGAACAAGUUGGAGAAGGUGACCGAAGAAAAGUUCGAGGCGGAGAGGGUGAACGGCGAGACUGUUGCGAAACUGGAGAAAGAGUGAGAUUGUGCUUUGACGAAUGCAUUUUAGAAUAUGUAUAAUUCAGAGUUGUUCAACUUUCCGAAGAGAUUGAGAGUAUCACUUCCGAAAGGAACGAAUUGGCCGAAAAGAUAAAAAACGGAGGAGAUGAUCUGAAACGACUUCUGACGCUGAUUAGCACUAAAGACAGAGAACUAAUUGAUGUCAAGAAGAGUAAGGAAGAAACGGAGAAGCUCUGCAGCAAAGAAGUGAACGGUGAGAAAACCAAUUAUAGCUCACUUAUACUCAGUUGUUUUCAGACAUGAGGAAUCACUAUCUCACGAAGAUCGAAGAGCUCAAGUCGAGCAAUGAUUCUGUGGCGGGAUUGAACGAACUUUUGAAGACGAAGGAGGAGGAGUGUCUGCAAAAGGAUCAGCAAAUCGUGGACCUGCAGCAAAAAGCGGGGAAGGUCAAAAAGCUGGAGCAUGCGUUGAACGACUCGAACACGGCUCUUAAAAGGAGUGAGCAAGAGAUCAGCAGCAAGUCGGAGACGAUCAGCCGUCUGGAGCAGCGGUUGCAAGAUAGUUCUGUCUCAAACCGUCAGGAAGUUGCUCGUCUCGAAUCGGAACUCAAGAUGAAGGAAUCCGAGCUGAAAACGAAAGGAGAAGAGAUCCUAACGAAGACCGAACUCAUUUAUAAACUCGAGAAGUCGGUUGAGGAAAAGUCUCGCAACGACGAUUCUCUCAAGAACUUGUUGUCCGAUCUGGAAGAGCAGAGGUCCGAAUCUCGAAGACUACAGUUUCUGCUGAAAGAGUCGAAAGGGAACGAAGAGCAGGCGAAUGUUGUAACCACUUUAUAUCGACAGACAUUGACACCCAAUUUCAGAAAACAGUCGAGGAAUACAAGAAGGCUCGGGCCGACGCCUACAAAGAAUACCAGAAGGACGUCCAGAAUACGAAAGCGAAAGGAGAGGCGGAGGUUCGGGACAUGCAAAGAACGAUCGACACAUUGAGAAAAGCGAUGGAAUUGCAGAAGGAGACGAAUGAGAAACAAAUGAAUGCUGCGAGUAAACGAUUCAACGAUCAGAUGUCUAGCUUUAAAGAGUGAGUGAACGCGGUAUUCAUGUCAAAACGGCGAAAUUUUUGUUUGUAGAACUUUCGAUUCGAAGAAGAAAGAGGCUCUCCUGGAAAAGGAAGAAGAAAUCGCUGCGGCGCACAGUCUCGAAAUGAGCAAGUUGAAGGCUGCACAUGAGAAAGAGAAACUACAGCUGCAGACGAAAAACGACGCGCUCGAAAAGCUGCACGCUGCUGAUUCUCAAGAGGUCGCCAAGCUGAUGACAUCUGGAAAAGAUAAAAAGGUAAAUAUUCGAAUUACGAAUCUUGAUAAAUAACAUCUUUUAACUGCAGUUGUCGUACUUUGAAAAGUUGCGAUCGAAAGUAGUGGAGCAAGAGGCAACGAUCAACCAGCUUCGCGACGAGAAUUAUCGGCUGAAGAAAACAACGCCGGAUGAGAACCGUCGUGUGCUCCGCUCGCACAAUCAGUGA